AUGUCAUCCACACAGGAGCCGCUCACGCUGAAUCAGGCACUGGCAGGCCGGAAGCUUUCUCGAAACUCCGGCCUGAUCAUCUUGAACAUCAUCUUGUCCGUCGUGCAGCUGUCGAGCUACGCCACCGGCUACGAUGGCUCGAUGAUGAAUGGGCUUCAAACGUUAGAUACGUGGCAGUCGUACUUCAAUAAUCCAUCUCCGGGAACACUGGGAAUUCUGAACGCCAUUCAGAAUAUUGGCCAGCUGGCGGCUUUACCAUUCUGCGCGGUAGCAUCCGACCGCCUGGGUCGUGUGCGGACACUCCUUUUGGGUGCUACUUUGAUAUUGGUCGGCGUGGGUCUGCAAGGUGCUGCUCAGAACACGGGCAUGUUCAUUGCUGCUCGAGGCGUUCUCGGCUUUGGGCUGGCUUUCAACAUCACUGCUGCACCCCUUUUGCUGCUUGAACUCGCUUACCCAACCCAACGGUCGCCGAUGGUUUCCAUCUAUAAUGCCCUCUGGAAUCUGGGAGCGAUAGCGGCAGCGUGGGUCACAUAUGGCACCUUCGUUCUGGGAAAUUCCUGGAGUUGGCGUAUUCCCUCAAUCUUACAGGGUCUAGUCAGCGCCCUUCAAAUUGGGUCGUGCUUCUUCCUGGUAGAAUCUCCGAGAUGGCUCAUGUCCGUUGGGAGGGAGGAGCAGUCGAGACUUAUCAUCACCAAAUAUCAUGCCAAUGGGGAUCCAAACGACCCGCUGGUUGAGCUGGAGCUUGCAGAGAUCAGGCUCGCUCUACACCUAGAAGCUGAGUUGGCCAAGAACUCGCGGUGGGUUUCCUUCUUCCAAACUAAGGCCAACCGUAAGAGACUCCUCAUCGUCUUGUGUGUUGGCUUCUUCUCACAAUGGUCUGGAAAUGGCUUGACCUCGUACUACCUCAGCAUUGUCCUCGACAGCAUUGGCUAUACGUCCUCAAAGACACAGAGCUUGAUCAAUGGAUUGCUCCAGAUCUGGGCGCUCGUGACGAGCGUGUUCUUCGCCCUAAUGGUCAAUAAGUUCGGACGCCGAACAUUGUUCCUCGCUUCGACCGGCGCUAUUCUUAUCACUUAUAUUGUCUGGACCGCGCUCCAGGCGACAUAUGAUCAGCAAAUUGCUGACGGCGGGGAAGGAAACCCUCAUGUCGCCCAAGGUAUACUGGCUAUGAUUUUCCUCUAUACCCUUGCUUUCAACAUCGGUUGGAACCCACUACAGGUGACUUAUGUGGUUGAGAUACUCCCGUAUCACCUUCGCGCAAAGGGUCUGGUUCUUUACAAUCUAUUCGUCGCUGCAGCGCUGGUGUUCAAUCAAYAUGCCAACCCCGUUGCACUGGCAGACAUAGGCUGGAAAUACUACCUUGUAUACGAUGUUUGGAUCUUGAUCGAACUGAUCGUCGUCUACUUCCUUUUCGUGGAGACUGGCAAUUUGUCACUGGAGCAAACCGCCGCACUGCUAGAUGGCAUCGAUAUCAAGAACACCUUGGUUGAGGGAGUAAAGAUGGAAAUGUCCGACAGACCAAAUUUCGUUGCUAUUGGUGGAAAGGAGCAUGAGGGGUAG